ACCGACUUGACCAGAUUCAACUCAAAGACUGGAAGCGCUCGGCACUGCAUCUCAUCACCGAUUGCCCCACGCGGUGGAACUCAUGUCGCGACAUGCUGGCCCGAUUGAUCGAGCUACAGGCACCCUUGGAUGAUUUCUUCAGUCGUCUAGAGAGACCGGAGUUCAAGGAAGAGUUCAGAGACUUGAGUCGUGAUAAACUUCCGAAGCCGAGAGAAUGGUUUGCAAUCAGGUGCCUGGUAGCCGUGCUGGAUCCUAUCGCAGCUGUGACGAAAGUGCUCAGUGGGGACUCCUAUCCGACUUUGACACUGGCAUUCCCUAUGCUACGCAGGAUCAAAGCGGUACUGGGCGACUCCGACAUCUUCUCGAAGCAAGCGGCAUUGGUCGGACGCCAGGAGUUCCAGCGUGAGGUCCUCGAGCUGGUGAAAAAUGUGCGCAAAGCCGUUCUGCACCUCUUCACGCAGCGGUUUAGAGGGAUGAGCUUCGACCUGGUCUGGAUAACGUUCCUUGACCCUCUCUUCCACAAGAUGAAACUACUGACGCAAUCCGAAAUCGAGGAAGCCAAGAAAUUGCAACUAAGUUGUGCAAGCGAGUUCGUGGCAUACCUGGAAGAGGCCAAGACAGUCCCACGAGAUCAAAAUCCGCUCACGUGGUGGUCCGUUAACGGUCACAAGUAUCCAUCGCUGAAGCUGCUUGCCAGGAAAUGGUUGGGCUGCGUUGCUACCUCCGUGCCUUCUGAAAGAGCCUUCUCCACUGCAGGUAAUGUCGUGACUGCAAAGCGCUGUCAAAUGGACCCUGAUCUUGUUCGCGACAUCGUUUUCAUAUCCGAGAACUGCGGAAACCCCCAGAAGAAAUAA